AUGCAUCCUUCCUCUCCCACGUGGACCCAAGAUCAAGAUAGAAUUAAGAAGAUCGGAGUCACCGACGACUACGCCCUGAACACCACCUCGGAAGACGAGAUGCAACAGAGCAUGGACCUGUUAUCCUCCGCCUACGAGAACUUCGGUCUGGUCAUUAACACGCAGAAGACGGUGGUCAUGCAUCAACCGCCACCCAACUCAGACACACCCCGCAACGCGCCGCCGCAAAUCAGCGUGAAUGGGACCCAACUGCAAGUGGUGGAGAACUUCCCGUACCUGGGCAGUACCCUCUCCCGCAACACCAAGAUCGACGACGAAGUCGCCAACAGGAUCUCGAAAGCCAGUCAAGCCUUUGGUCGCCUCCAAAGCACAGCUUGGAAUCGUCAUGGUCUCCAACUGAGCCCGAAGCUAAAGAUGUACAGGCCGUCUCCAACCGACGCUCAUGAACGGAGCGGAGACUUGGACAGUGUACACGAGGCAGACAAGCCGACUGAACCACUUCCACCUCAGUUGUCUCCGUCGCAUCCUGAGGCUGAAUUGGCAGGACCGCAUCCCCGACACUGA